AUCGUGCUAAUGUUGCGUUCAAAUCGCACGAUUUGGGAAGUUACAAGCACUUUUUCCAUGGAGAAAUUAAUCGUCGUACAGUUGUCAAAUUGAUUGUUGCAUGUAACGCCUCGACGACGAGUGUUUGCCAUGAAUUCAUUUGCAGAAAAGCAGAUAACUUUACUCUUAGAGGGUACCUUGAAGGGCAUUAUAAACUUGAUUGUGAUGCUUGAAUUGGAGAUGUGAAAAUUUUUCUGAUUUGGAAAGAGUUCUGGGGUGGUGAUCUGCCAUAUUUCCUUCUUGUUGAGAAGAAAGUGUUCAUUUGCCAAAAUAUAUAUAAUACAGGGGUGAAAAUGGAAAGUGGAGGUGAGGUAAAACGAAGAAAGAGUGCCCGAAUUUCAGCAUUAGAGGAGGAAAAGAGGAAAAAAGCAUGCACCUUAGAAAGUGACAAUGUUAGCGAGGAUCAGACUCAUGUUAGAAGAGGAACUUCUACAGGCAGAAGGGGCCGCAAGCGAAAAAGACUUGAAGAUGUUGGCCUAUCAUCUCCACAGGAUAGUGAAGACCCAAAAGAUGAAGAUUAUUCGAUCUACGAGGAUGAAGCAGCAUAUCUGUCAUAUAUACAGGAGGAGCCUGAAACUCGGAUACUUGAGUUUAUCCUUGAUAUACUGCAAAGGAGGGACACAUGCAAUUUAUUCACAAAGCCUGUUGACCCUCAAGAGGUUUGGACCUAUUACAGGAUUAUUAAAGAGCCAAUGGAUUUUGGAACCAUAAGGACAAAACUUCAGGAAGGAAAAUAUACAAACUUACAACAGUUUGAGCAUGAUGUGCUUCUAAUAUCCGCCAAUGCAAUGCACUUCAAUUCAUCGACCACCGUUUUUUACCAAGAGGCUCGAGCUAUACAAGAGCUAGCGCAGCAGCUUUUCCAAUCUCUAAGAGCUGAUCCAGAACAGUUUCAGUUACAAUUCUUACUGACAAAAAGAGGCCCCGGUAGGAAGCCGCAAAAUCAAGGCAGAGGUUCACAUAGAAGCGUUCCUAGACCAGUUGGCCGACCGAGUUCCUCGCGUGGUCCAUAUAUUAGAAGGAAAAGUCAAGCAGGCUCAUCUAAUGCAAACUCUUCCAGAAUGAGAAAUGGUAGAAACUCGAACUUAAUGGAAUCAGAGAGGCGUGAAACUUAUAGGCUUUCGGAUGAGGAUAAAUCACUAUUAUCAGUUGUCCAUGAUUCUGCAAAGAUACUUCUUCAUGUUGAUAAUGGUGAUUCUGGAUAUAAAGAAAGUUUGAUGCAGUUUGCUAAAAAUUUGGGGCCAACAGCUCAAAUGCUAGCAGAAAGUAAGUUGGUACAAGCUUUCAGCCAACCUCCGAAUUGCCAGCCUCAAGCCACUCAUCCAAUACAAACCCAGAACUACAUGGCUCCUGCUCCAGUCCUAGCUUUGCCAGCACCAGAGGUACCUGGUCGCCUUCUCGAUGCUAACAAUAGUCACAUACAUUGUAGUUCCCCAUAUUACGUGCCCAACAGUGAUUCAAGUGAAAGUAAGUUGGCACAAGCUUUCAGCCAACCUCCGAAUUGCCAGCCUCAAGCCAACUAUCCAAUACAGAGCCAAAACUACAUGACUCCUGCACCAGUCCUAGCUUUGCCAGUACCAGAGGUACCUGGUCACCUUCUCGAUGGUAACAAUGGUCAAAUACAUCGUGGUUCCCCAUAUUACUUGCCCAACAGUGAUUCAAGUGCUUCAUAUUUUCACUGUGAUGCUUCUGCACAAGGAUAUGCAAGAGCCAGCAACGGUGGUAUACAUAUCAAUGACAGUGCUAACAGGAGAAACAUGAGCCCUCCUAGCACAUCCCAGUUAGGCAUGGUUCAGAACUAUCGUGACAAGGGAAAAAUGGUUGUUGAUCUAAAUCAAAACAUGGAGCUCGUAGGGACUGGUGAUACAGAAGCCAGGGCCCAUUCUCAAAAUGUAAACAGCAAUGUUCGGUUGGAGUCACAUAUCCGUGUUGUUAGAGAUUUCAGUAGUCCUGGGACUUCAAGCAGUGGCAUGAAGUUCAGGGCUGUGGACAUGUUGGGCAAGCCUAACCCCCUACAAAACCAGCAGCAGUUUCAGCAAGCUCAUCAGUUGCCUAGAAGUACUGGGACUUCAAACAGUGGCAUACUCUCUUGGGCUGUGAAUAGGUUGGCCAAUACUAGUCACCAGGAAAACCAGCAGCUUCAGCCAGCUCAGUUGUCUAGUACUGGAUCAUCCAACCAGUCAAGUUUACUAGAGAUCAUGGCCGGAAGAAGUACCUAUUUGAAGCCAUCAUCAUCUUCGUUGCGCUCUUCAUCUGCAAUGUUAUCAAGUUUGAGUGAGGCAUCAACCUCCUGGAAUGAUUUUGGCUCACACCUGAACAACAACAAUGCAGCUAAAUCUGCACAGACAGGUCAGCAGCUUCAAUGGAGCCAACGCAGUGCAGAACAAGAUCUGCAAGAAAAUUGUAGCUUUCUAGAAAUGCUUGGUGACGGCUGUAACCCAUGGGACAAGAGUAGUACACUUCUGAAAAACGAACAACAUCUUGAUGACGUUAAUUAUUCUUUGGGGAGUAAUGCAUUUAUGAGAGAUGAACAACAGCUUGGAGAGGUUAAUUGUCAAUCGGGGAACAGUACAUCAAUGAGAAAUGAACAACUGUUUGGUGAGGGUGGUGCUCAAUGGGGGAGCAAUACAUUUCUGAGGAAAGAACAUCAUCUUGCCGACAGUAACUUUCCUCUGGAAAACAAUACAUUUUUGAGGAAAGAACAACAGCUCAAUGGGGGUAACUUUCUGUUGGGGAAUGGUACAUUUAUGAGGAAAGAGCAACAGCUGGAUGUGGAGAACUUUCACUUGGGGAAUAGUACAUGUUUGAGUAAAGAGAAACAGCCUGAGAAUGGCAACUUCCAAGUGGGAAAUAGCACAUUUAUGAGGAAAGACCAACUUGAUGAAGCUAAUUUCCAAUUUGGGAAUAGUACUUUCUUGAGGACAGCACAACAGUUUGAUCAGGGUACUUUUCUACUGGGGAAGAAUUCAUUUAUGAACAAAGAACCACAGCUUGAUCGUGGUAAUGUUCAAAUGGGGAAUAGUACAUUUAUGAGCAAAGAACAAUUGCUUAAUGAGGGUACUUUCAGACAGGGGAACAGUACCUUUAUGAGCAGAGAACAACGACUUGGUGAAGGUUCUUUUCAAUUGGGGAACAGUACAUGUAUGUGGACAGAGCAACAGAUUGAUGAGGUCAAUCACCAAUGGUGGAAUAGUACAUUUUCGAGGACCAGUACAUUUUCGAGGAAAGACCACCAAUAUCUGGGGAGGAGUGAACAACAGCAGCCUGUGGAUGAGGGAGUAAUGCCUGACUGGUACAGUGCAAUAUGUUCUGCCAAUGAAAGAGCUUCUAGUAGUAGUAGUACUCAAUGGUACCAAAAGGAGCCUAUUGAUCAAUCUUUGCUGCCCUUGCUCUUGGUGGACAAUCAGCAGCCUAACUUGGCUCUUCAGCUGUGAGCCUGUGACUGAGAGUUCUUCAUUUGCCAACUAAGAAAGUAGCAAGCUCUGGCAGUGAGUUGAGCUUAGAGGUAGUAUUUGUAAAGAAUAAAAGGGUGUCUUUCAUUUCAUGUUAACAGUUAGUUUUUUCUACCCAGAGUAAAAGUGAGAGGGAGUCAUUGAACAAUUACAUAUCGGAACAAAUCAUAUGAUACUGUAUGUCACAUAUGGUACUUGCUUGUGCUUAUCAGUAAUUUUUCCCAUUUCCCAUUUGAGAGAAAUUGUAUGUUAUAUUGUAGAAUGUCUAUUUAUACUCCCCUUAAAUGGAAUUUCACUGAAA